AUGAGAGUCGUACGAAUCUUGGGUCUGGUUGCGCAAUGCGCGAUGAUGGUGAGAGCUUCUGGAUCUUGCAGUGCCCAGAUUGAUCCGAGUAGUGUUUCUGCUUCUUUGCGCUCUCAAUGGUGUUCUGAGCAAAUCACUACCUGCGGGACCCUCUGCGCUGGUAACUACGAUGCAAACAAUUGUGAUACAGUGACCCUCUGCUACGAAUGCACCUGCAGUGCUAGUUCCUCCUCUCCGGCCCUCCAAUACUACACCCAAACCAUGCCUACCUUUCUAUGCGAACAAUUAUAUGACAAUUGCAUCUUCGCUGGUGAAAAUGAUGCCGCUGCACAAAAGAAAUGCCAGGAUGCUGAGAAGGUCAACUGUGGACAUCUCAAUCCCGAUUCCAUUGGCGUAUCCACCUCUAGUUCCUCAUCCUCUUCUAUCUCCGUCGCAUCAACAUACCUUUCCAAUAAACCAACUACCAGCGCAGUAUCUCGUACCAGUACAUCCACAGAAGCAAGUACCGAAACUGCCCAAAUCAUCAGCAUAACGAAAACAAUAACUCCCACACCAACGGGCACAACGACGGUUUGGAGUACAUCUACGGCAGGGUCUGGGGGAAAUGGAACAGCUGGGAUAGUCAGUGCGAGUGGGAAUUACUCGACAUUGCCUGGAAUUACGGAUAUUAGGAGUAGUCCGGGGUCGUUCUCGACGUUACCGGGUACGACGGAUAUUAAGACUAGUGGUACGUCAACUGGGGAGCUGGUUAGGCCGAGUACGGUUAGUGAUAAUGGGGCGGAGCGGAUGGGGGGAGUGGGUGGGGUUUGGGGGGUGGUUGUUGGGGUUGCGGGGUUUGGGAUUUGGGGGUUGUAG